UAGGCAUGUGAAAAUUUUUAAGGGGUGGGGCUGCUAAAGAUGGAGCUGCUGAGAAGACGCUCUUUGUUUCCAGUGCUUCUAAUUGCCUACGCUUGCAGUGUUAAGUACACAGUCACUGGUCAGAUUAACUGCAACAUAGUAGGACUAGACUCUUGUGUUUGCGAUACACCUCAAGGAAGAAUAGACUUAACUUCAAUUGCAAACAGCGAUGGAACCCCUAGGUUCAAAAACAUACAGGGAGAAACAUUUGAAAGGUAUGAAUACUCCUACAAUCCUUGCUAUGGGUUUCAAACUGGUACAAAUGGUUGUGGAAUAAACGGUGCUGUUAAUGCAGCCUGUCAGGAAGAGACUUCAUUUGAUGAUCAGUACUCCUGUGGAUUGACUUCAACAGAGACUUUUAAGUAUUAUUCAAAUGGAAAGACUGAAUUGCAAUAUGAUGGGGGCGAGGGAGGCAGAAUAACUGUAGUUGAAGUAAUUUGUGAUGAAUCAGCUACAACACCCUCAAUCAGAUCAUUUGAUGACGGAGAUGUGCCAUAUAGAUAUGAUUUUCAAUUGAGGACGGAAUGUGGAUGUCCUGGAAGAUGUCAUGGAAGUAAACCAAAACCUGGAGGAGGAGCUGGUGGUAGUGAUAAAUCUGGAGCAAUUGGACUAACGCUAAUUUUUCUUUCUUUAUUUGGUCUUGCAUUAUACUUUGUAAUCGGUAUAGUAGUAAGAAAGUAUCGUUUUCAAAAAAGCGGACGUGAAAUGAUACCAAAUCAUGAAUUUUGGUUUGUUCUUCCUUAUCUCAUUAAAGAUGGAGCUUUGUUUACUUUUAACUCAAUUAGAGGUCUUGUCCUAAGAGGCGAUAAAUCUCCAAGUGACUAUGACAAACUGUAGUAUUCUUAUGCUGAUUAAAAUUAUGAUAUAUUUUGUUAUUAUCCCA